CAACCUGUUUGUUGAUCGCUCUCUGUGGCUUAUUAACACCCGAGUUUAUUAUAAGCCGGGCUCAUUUCUCAGGGGACUUUUAAGUAGCCGUCGCUAAGAAGACAUAGCGAGCUGUCUGGCAGCAGACACGACAACAUAACGAGUAUGUCCUAAGCUUUUAUUUGGCGACGGUAUUAAACUGAGAAGAGGCUUUUCAAAUGUAGCUUGUUAGCUAGCUGCGUCGCGUACGUACAGUGUACACACAGGCUUUUUUGUUCUGCUCUUGAACAGCCUCUGCAUGUCAAAUUAUCACCAGUGUUAAUGACAGACAGGGCGCUAAAACAGCGGGUGUUUUGUUAAAAACGUGUCAAGAAUAACCCCUGGUUGUCAAUCCUUAACCCCCGGUCGCCGACCGAAUUAAUGGCCGGAAAUCCGAGGAGGGGCGCCGGUCUCAUCGGCUUGAUGAAGGACGCCUUUCAGCCCCACCAGCAGCCUCUCCAGCCUCACCAACCUGCAGUGGUCGAUAAGAAAAUGGUGGAGAAAUGCUGGAAACUCAUGGAUAAGGUGGUGCGUUUGUGCCAGAACCCCAAGGUGGCGUUGAAGAACAGCCCACCUUACAUCCUGGACCUGCUGCCGGACACGUACCAGCACCUGCGCACCGUUCUGUCCCGAUACGAGGGCAAAAUAGAGAUCCUUGGGGAGAACGAGUAUUUCCGCGUGGUCAUGGAGAACCUGACCAACAAGACGAAGCAGACCAUGAGCCUUUUUAAGGAGGCCAAGGAGAGGAUGUAUGAGGAGAACUCUCAGCCCAGGCGAAACCUGACCAAGCUGUCGCUGAUCUUCAGUCACAUGCUCGCUGAGCUAAAGGCCAUCUUCCCCAAUGGCUUAUUUCAGGGCGACAACUUCAGGAUCACAAAAGCUGAUGCUGCCGAAUUUUGGAGAAGAUCCUUUGGGGACAAGACCAUCGUGCCGUGGAGGACAUUUCGUCAGGCUCUCCACGAGUUUCACCCCAUCAGCUCGGGCUUGGAGGCCAUGGCUCUCAAGUCCACCAUCGACCUCACCUGCAACGACUACAUCUCCGUGUUUGAGUUUGACAUCUUCACCAGGCUCUUCCAGCCAUGGUCGUCUCUCUUAAGGAACUGGAACAGUCUGGCAGUCACACAUCCCGGUUACAUGGCCUUCCUGACGUACGACGAGGUCAAGGCUCGACUGCACAGGUUCAUCCACAAACCCGGCAGCUACAUCUUCAGGCUGAGCUGCACUCGUCUCGGCCAGUGGGCUAUCGGCUACGUGACGGCCGAUGGGAACAUCCUGCAGACCAUCCCCCAUAACAAACCGCUCUUCCAAGCCCUCAUUGAUGGAUACAGAGAGGGAUUCUAUCUGUUCCCCGAUGGUCGUACACAGAACCCGGACCUGACGGGGCUGUGUGAACCUUCUCCACAGGACCACAUCAAAGUGACUCAGGAGCAGUAUGAGCUGUACUGUGAGAUGGGCUCCACUUUCCAGCUCUGUAAGAUCUGUGCAGAGAACGACAAGGAUGUGAAGAUCGAGCCCUGCAGACACCUGAUGUGCACUUCCUGUCUGACUGCUUGGCAGGAGUCGGAGGGUCAAGGCUGCCCAUUUUGCCGCUGUGAGAUUAAAGGCACAGAGCCCAUCGUGGUGGACCCCUUCCACCCGAAGGCCGGCGGGGCUUCCUUUGCUGGUUUCCAGGGGUCCAGCAGAGCAGAAGCUGCCGUCAAUGACGAUGAAGAGGAUGAUCGACUGGAGGAUCACCUUGUCAUGAGCAGGCUGGCCUGCACCAAGGUAGAGCGCCCACCAUCUCCAGUGUCUCAGCUGCCUCCUGUGCCCCCCCGACUGGACCUCCUGCCGCAGAGACCCUGCAGCUCUCAGGCUCAGGGAGCGACAGCCAAGAUCGCAGCCACUCACAGAGACAAGCCUCUACCUCUGCCUCCAUCCCUGAGAGAGCUGCCCCCUCCUCCCCCUCCGGAGCGCCCCUCCUUGGUCGGCCAGGACUCCCGACUCCAGAGGAGACCCCUGCCCUCCACCCCCGACCAACCCGCCUGGGCAUCCAACUACAUGGUCCCACGUCCGGCAACCAAGGUCCUGCCAGCUUUGUCCUCCAGCCCUCAGAGCAACGGGACCAGUGCAGAGGGAAGCAAAACUCCGGCAGCGACUAACGCUGUCUACUGCCUGGCUGGAAGCUCUGCUGUUGUGAGAUCUCAGCCAGCGGUGGCGGCGUCGAGCAUGGAGAAGCCAUCGUCGGACUGCGAGGAGAACGAGUACAUGAGUCCCACCUCUCUCCCGGUGUCCGGUGCCCCCUGGGUCAUCACGGGCUCCUCGGUGCCGCCGCCUCCGGUCCAGGCAAACAACCACAACGACGUCAGCAGUGAGGUGGCUGACAGUGACUCUGAUGAUCCCCAAGUCUACGAGUCCAUGUUUAACAUCCAGGCCCAGGCCGGAUCCUCGGAGACGGCUCAGGCCUCGGACCCGGAGCCCCCUCAACCGUCCGCUGCGGUUCCCCAGGACAAGAAGGAGGAGACCAGCGAGGAGGAUAUUUACGAGUACGACUGUCCAAGACCGGUCAUCCCUCCCGCCCCCACCAGAAGAACCAUGUCAGAUAUGGGCGGCCCCUCAGCGGCCUUCAGCACUCUCAGCAUAGACAGUGCAGUAGAAGCCAGCAUGUUUGCAGCAGGUGUGGAGCCUGAACGUCCCCCUAAACCUCUCCCACGGCGAGCCAACUCUGACCGACGGCCUCGGCCUGUAAACCGUGAAUUUCCUGCUCCGUUGUCAGAAGUCCCUGGUCCCUCCUCUGCCUCCUCCUCCCCUCCGCCUCCGCCUCCUGCUCCUGCUCCUGCUCCUGCUCCUCCUCCUGCAGGCCCUGGAAGCCAGUCCCUAAACGGGGAGAUUGAAUGCCUGGUGUCCCAGGGCUACUCCAUCCAGGACAUCCAGAAAGCCCUGAUGAUCGCCCAGAACAACCUGGAGACGGCCAAGAACAUCCUGCGCGAGUUUGUCUCCAUCCCCUCCGCGGCGCACAUCGCCACAUAGUCGCUCCGGGCGCGCCCGCCCUCUCUGUCUCGUCUCCGUCUCCACUCUGUGCCAUUAUCAUGGAUAGCAUUUACCAAGCACUUUUUCCUGCAGGGCCACAAGUACUUGCCAAAAGGCUUUACUCUGAGCAGACAUGCUGCGUUCACGUCAUAUCAGGAGAUCCAUCGUCUGCGAGUUCUCGUCUUUGAAGUCAUUCGUAACAAACAAUGAACGGACGGGUAUUACCUGCUUCUCUGGAGUUUUAGUGUGAAAGUAUAUUAUUUUGAUUAAGUUGGACUACUGUUAUACCAAUGCCAAGUGUUUGACAUUGAAGCCUCAAAAUGUCUUGUUUACUCCUAAUCGCCACUUGAAGAGGUUUUUUUUUUUGACUCCCUGGAACGGAAGUAUCCGCCGGGCGGUGGGUUUACACUUUCGGAGCAGCUCAGUCGAGACAGAAAAGUCCGAUAUGACCUGAACGCAGCAUACGUGGAGCGUGGACGCCUCUAAUGUGAGCUCUCUGUAGCCAAGCUUUGACCCUGUUGUACUCUGCUGAGGUCCACUCGUGCUGUGGCAGUGUGAGCGCUCUCAUUAAGUGUUGCAGCUGCAGUGGUCAGGAGAGCCAUUGUUGUUUCUGACUCGGCGUCUCGCUUCUGGCAGUCGUUCAGUUUGGUGCUUUUUAACGGGCUUCUUAGCAAAUUUGUGGCGUACGAAUUUGUGGCGUACGAAUAUGUAGCGACGGCGAGUUCUGUCGGAUAAUUAGUGAUUAACUCUGUAGUGUGUGUGUGUGUGUGUGUGUGUGUGUGUGUGUGUGUGCUCACGCUGAUGAAUGUGAAUGUUCAGUCGCAGUGCAGUAUCGCAGGGCUUCGUGUCGUACGCGUCGCUGUGGCUCCCUCCCUCGAUGGUAUUUGACACGUUGACCAUGUUUCCUCUCGGCUCCCGGUUCAAUGAUGGUCCCAUAACGACAUAACAAGUUUUAAUAUGUAAGUGCUCUCAUAACGUGUGCUGUGUGUAGUGUAACCAUGGCUGCUGUGACACUGAAGGCUUCUGGUGUACUUUCUUACUAACAAGCUACGAGGACUUUGACGUGUGCUGCUGGGUUUCCUCUCACAAGCAUCUCACACGCUCCCAGAACAUCUGAGGUAUCCGACUGAAGGGAGUCCCAUCGAACUGAAACGGAAGGUUGUCACGUGGACUCAGGUACUCCGUAAUAAGCCCGGGUUGAAUGUAACGAACGAACAUAUGCUAACGGCGCUGUUGUGGACGAGGACACAUUACAGAAACAUUGCAAUGAUUGGAUUGUUCCCUUACCUGCUCGGGAUGUCGCCGUCCCAGACGUUUAGUCGUCGAUGCCAACAGAACGAUCGUUCUCCAACAAGCGCUCCUCCGUUACCGUUUGUUUGUGUUGAAGCUAAAUCUUUAUUGAUCUUCAAACCACUCCAUUUGUUUCCUCCUGCCCAUUUCAACACACAAACAAUUGCGAAUUUUGGCAUCGACUUGGUACCGAAGUAUCGGUAAUCAUGACAUCCCUUGGUACCGAAGUAUCGGUAAUCAUGACAUCCCUUGGUACCGAAGUAUCGGUAAUCGUGACAUCCCUCUUACCCGCAUUAGAUCGACAUACAAAGCUCCUCAUUCACUUCCUCUAAUUUCAUUCUCCGCACAUUUGGUUACAAUAAUCCGCCCGUCGUACGACAACUCUGACAUUUCACUCAGCAGUUCGUAGGAUUUGUCGCAGGAUGAUUUUGGUUGUUGAAAAUACUAAUUCACCGCAACUUUCGUAAGAUUUUAGACAUUUUAACACCCAUCUUUCACACUUUUCUGACGUUUUAUACACCUAAAAGAUUAAUGGAGAAAGGUAUCAGCAGAUAAACUGAUGGUCAACUAACUUCAUGCAUCAGCGUCGUCUUUGGGAGCGCGUCUGCAGGCUGAGGCGGUGCAGCCGUGAUAAAGUCUGUCUCCAAAUCAACACAAGAAAUUGAAAGGGACUAAACUAAAGUCUAAAGUUGUGGAUUUCACUCAGGUUUCUAGAUUUCUUUCCAGUGGACCAAUAAUGAGCCGCUGUCACUGCCAGAAACAAGACAGAACCGAGCGUCUCAUUAAAACAGGAAGUGUCCCGUUGCACUAUGAGUUCUAUCUCCUCCCGUUUCCCUUCCCAAAAAUAGAUCUUAAAUCUUCACUUUUGAUUUCUGCAGUAACGUGUGAAUGUGCCUUCUGUCGAUCACAACCUGCACAAGCCAGCAGACAAACCAAAACAAGACAGUUCCUCCACAUUUACUGCUUUUAAAUGAAAUCUACAGUCUCAGAUGAUCCACUUUCAAUAACAGGAUAUCAAGAGUUUGGAGUUGGGUCAUUUCACAUGCAGCCGAGCGUCACAGGAGAUAUAAAGAAUACAUCAUUUAGAGCCCAAGUAAUACUUGAUUUUUGCGAUAUCUACAACUUGAAUAAAUGCAAUUGUUAUGCACAGAUUUGGAAUUAAGAUGUGUACCAAGCUGGACAUUUAAUAAACGUGUUAUUGCUCCCUGGUGGACAAACUAUGUAAUGGCGACCAAGUUAAAAACUGAUUGUAUAUCUUAGUUUUCUUGCAAAUAUGAGGUACUAGUUACUAAUUCUAAUAUAUACUAUGUCAUAUUAACAAAUACAUUUUUAAAUCAAAUGUAUUGAAUGCUAUGUGGAACCGUACUUUCUGAACCAUUUCUGCUUUGCAGACCUAAAGGUUGAUACCAGGGGUGGGCGGUUCGAUCCCCAAAGGAUCGGUACUACACAAAUAUUAUAAAUAUAAAUACUGCCGUCAAUAUUCAUCUCGUGAUCGAUCACAUCCGGGUCACAUGAACACUGAUCUUAGCUCUGCAGUCUCUUUAGUUCAGAGAAUUCACAUUAUUUGUUAUUUACCGUCUCGCGCUUAAACGUGCACGUGAUUAAGUCACUAAUAAAGAAUAGUAAAAAAGAAAUUUGGCAUAUAAUUUGGUGUUAGUUGCUUAUUAAUAAUGCAUUUACCUCAUAAAUCACAUGAACAAUAAGAAGUAUCGAUGUAAGUGAUAGUAUCGCCCACCCUGAACAUUUUAACUUGAUAUAUUGUUCUAAUAAUAAUAAUAAUAGAAAUGUGUCGACGUGUCUGUAGGAUCCAUGCAGUCUCCAUGCUCUUGAAAACGAAACGUUCGUGUCAAACAAUAAGAAAAAGCAGUAAAAUGAUAAAAUAAAGCUUCACGUGUCCCUGAAUCUGAAGGUUUCUGUCUCGCUGUGAAAUCUUACAUCUUUAAUUCUCCCCGAAACCAAAAGCAUGUUAAAGCCGCGUGCAGCCCUCAGCGCGUGCUGAUUAACAGAAUGUGUCGUCAGUCCCUCGGCUCGUGCUCACUCGAGCAGGGACUCACUCUUGACCAUGAAAGUGCCGCUGUGUGAGGAUACACUUGAUGCUGACUCUCACACACACACACACACACACACACACACACACACACACACUCCCCUCAGAGUCACUGGUAAACUCAGCUGGUGUGGGAUCCACUGGUUAAUGAUAUGUGUGGUAUAACAUGGUAACUAGCCUUUUCAACAUGAACUUGCCUACUAAAACGUUGUCUUCAUUGCUUUGUUAUUGCCUGUGUAAAUAUGAUUUUAUUUAUUGUCUUUUUAAUAUCCUCAGCAUUCAUUGUGUUGCCAUGUUGUCAUGCCUAAGCCAUUAAGAUUUUUAAUUAAACAGUAUUUUCUUUAACAUC